GCAAACCACACUGAAAACGUUUUACAACAUAAUGCGUUUUGCAUUUCAGAAUGAUAUGUGAUGUAGCAUAUUGCACGGCGCUAGUUCCUAAUGCUCCACUCCUUCUGUCGGUCCUGAGGUCCUAAUGUUCCAUUCCUGAUGGUCUUAUAGGAUUUAUUCUGCACCCACGCGAAGCCUUUGAACCACGUGAGGUGUGCGCCCUGUUUGAAAGCAGGCAGCGUCUCUCUCAGUUUGGUAUUACUGCACACUAACAUGGAGAAAGCGCACCAGCCUUGUUUUCUAGGAAUGGCCAAUAUAUAUACAUGUUAGUUUUCUUUUAAAACGACCAUGGCUUGGCCAUGUAUUAGUAGGGUAUGUUGCCUUGCUCGUUUCUGGAACCAAUUUGAUAAAUCAGAUCUCUCAGUUCCACUGACCAUUCAGAAUUACUCAGAAAUCACCGAUCAAGACGUUCGAUCAGUCACAAAGCACGUCCCGGUGGACAGAUCCCUGAAGAAUGAUUACCCUCUGACACCAGAUCACAGAGGAUCACCUACUGUUCAGGAUCCGGCGUUCAGGAGAUCGUGGAAGGGACGGAAAGAACCAAGUUUCAAACCUCGAGUGGAUUACCAACCACCAGAUGUACCUUUUCAGACUGUGACCCAGUACAAACAGGACUUCAAACCUUGGCCCAUUCCGAAGAAAGAGAAUUUUCCCUGGAUCAGCAAUGGCGGAAAAAAAGAUGGGUUUUCUGUCUCCCCAUCAGACAGUCCCGUUAGUCAGUACCCCCAGCCGGGAGCACAAAGAGCCGAGAAAGAGGAGAGAAACAGACAGCGCUGGGGAGCAGAGCAAUUAAACACAACGAAAACAAGCUCUAACAGAGAGGAGUUCCGUCCGUGGAUGGGUGCCAAACCAUCCAAACCAGUAAGAAAAAAGCCGUCUUACAUGCCUCCGAGCCCUGACGCUGCUCCAGAGACCAGCUACAGAGCAGCCUUCAGGGGAGAUGUGUUCAAGCAGAUGGAGACACUGCAGGUGGAUGGCAAUAUCCAGCAGAGCACCUUAGUGGAAAAAUCGAAUCCUACAAACAUGAGGACCAAGGGGGAGACCUUGGAGACCAUGGUGAAGACAAAGUUAUCCCAAAACCCCUCUGCCGUGUUUCAAAGUGGAUCUCGCAUCUUCAACGUAUAGAAAGUUUUUGAUUACCUUCUCCGAUUGUAAAGAACGACCCAGGAUGCUCUAUUUUUAUUAUGUAAAAAGCUAAAUCUAUGCAACAGGAUGAAAGUUUUAAAAUGACAUUUCAGAAGUGUAUACUGUUCAAGUGAUUGGAGCUAACACAAGAAUUCCAUAAAUCUUACCUGUUGGGCACCAGUUGGUCUGUUGUGAAAGAAGCACAUGGUAUAGUAAAGAUGAAUUUUCAUUUUAAAAUGGGAAAUCUCAAGCCAUGCUUUCAGGAAGUGUUGCACUUCAUUGGUCAUUUAAACUGAAGAGUGAAAUUGUCCACACCGCUUCAAUAGCUGCUUCCCCUAUUGACUAACCUGCUUUCAGCCUGUAACAUACUUUGACCCUGAAGACACUGCUGAGGUGAAAUGACCCAGGAAGUGAAGCAGUAACUGAUGUCCUGAGAGUCACGGAAAAUGAGGAUUGUGUAGUUCUGAUGUAGUAUCAGAUAUGAUGUGUUAAAAUGAAAAUACAUGUUUGCUGUAACUUGUGCUUCUUUCACUCAUUUAAGACCUAUAUAAUGAAUGAAAGUGUACGGCGCGUUAGAUUUAUUUUGUUAGCUAACUUUAAAGUUUUUUUUUUUUUUAAUUGUUUUAACAUUAAAAAAUAUUUUUCCAAGCCACUGAAUAAUUUGGGGAUCAAAUAUGCAUGUAUUGAAAUGAAUUGUUUAGAAAGGCUUUUGCAAGUUUAGAAGCCAACAAAAAAUCUGUCCUGUGGUUAUUUUUUUGUGUGUUUUGCUGAACUGGAAUGAAGAUACUACAUUUUGUACAUAAUAAUGAUUUUAUUUAAAGCUACCACAUUUUAAAGUAUAAAGCAGUUUAUGUACACUGAAACCCAUUUGAUAUCCUGUAUACCUUUUAAGUUUGCUAGAUUUGUAUUCAUGGGAACAAGUUAGGUAAUUGGAAUUAAGAGAGAACAUUUUAAAUGGGAAAGAUCAUUUUAAUUGCAAAAAAAAGAGCUGUUGAAGUCUCUUUAACGAGAAUGUAUAUUUAAAUGUGUGUUAUUUAAACAACAUGAAAUACAUUGAUUGAAUGCAAAAUACCCCUUUGUCCUUCCGGUGUUUUAGAUCCAUUAAAACAAAUGACAUUCUUAAAACAUGUGUUGCUUCUAUUCAGAGUUCUUGUGCAUCUACAUUAAAGAGCCAGUAUUGUGAUUAAAAUGUUAUAGUGUUAUACAUGCACUCUUUAUAUGAACAAUUUUCCCUUACCCGAGAAAGUGUUUUUGUUGUGUUCUGGUAUUCUAUUUCUUUCCCAAUUCGAAGUCCCUC